AUGAACAUGUUGGACGUAGAAGACGACAGCUUUCACGUCACACGUGCAGGCUACUCCCAUCUGAGUGACUCAGAAUGGGAGACAGUCGGCCACAUGAGUGUGCUCCUGGGCGAAUACGCCAUUAGUGGCAUGUUGGAGUCUGUAAACAGAGACCAGCAACAUGCCGCUAUCAACAAGUUUCUACAAGGGAAAUUGCCGUCAAACGAAAGAAGAUAG